CGACAGUUGUCCUCUGGAACACAAGAAAGACAAGUAGAAUGCACACAAAGACAACUAGAAUUCACACCAGAACAAAUAGAACUGGCACAAAUAAGGUUCAACGCUACACAACGCUACACAACGCUAGUACGUUGAAUGCAAGAAUGGACUUCCUCAAAGCUUUAUCCUUCAGCCGCGAAGGCUGUUUCGAGCCUACGCUAGCCAAAGUCGAUCUCAACUUUUCGCUCCACGAAAUCCGAAGCGUCAUUCUGGAGAACGUUGCCGAUGUACUCCUCUCUGCAGUACACGUCUCCAGUCCGUCUUUGCAGUCGGAAAGUGUGUCCAGUGGAAGUUCUGGGAACGGGCCUUCUUCUUCCAUUAAGAGAUAGAAAGGGAGAUCUCUCGACUGACAUUCACUAGAGGCAAUACUUUCCCUGGAAGUUGUAAUAAAAAAAGUAGUCUGUUUCUGUUUCUCUGUUGCUAUUGAAAACAACCAGACGACUUAAUUAAAAGACGUUUUAGCACCUCUUGUUAGGCACAUUCAUUCAUUUAUUCACUCACUCAUUCAUUUACUUCGUCCAUGUGGUACUGGUAGGUCCUCCAUCACGCGGCUCUGAGUACGUCUUCUCCUCCAUCACGGGGCUCUGAGUUGAGAUUAGAAUAGUCCUACUGCACCAAAGCAAGCAGAACCAAGCCUCAUCCUUGCAGAAAAAAAAGAGGGCUGUGCACUCUCUCCUUUACUGAUGUGCUGUUGAGUUUCUUUACUAAUGUGCUGUUGAGUUUCCUUGUUCUCUAAUUCUUCUCAACAACUCUGUCCUCCCGGAGACUCAAUACUGGUGAAAUCGGUGCCAGUUGACGCCACAUUGUUUGUACAGGUUUGGGCAGGACAGAGUGUUGCGGAAAUAGAGCAAUCUUUGGGCAAGAGCAAUGUUGCACAAGGUGCUCGUCCAAUGGGAGGAGGCAUCAGCAAUCUUACGAAUGCUGGUCCAGGUGCGCCGACUAGAAGGAUUCAGCAUGGUGGUGCGUCGUCCUCGUCAGGAUCUCGGACGCCCGCUUUUGCAGUGAGCAGUGCUUAUGCACCGUUGUUUUCCACCGCGGCAAGUGCACGCUAUGCAGGAGAAGUGCGGAUACCAAUGAGCGCACUUCUGGCGGAUCAGGUGUUGUACUACGCUUGGCUCCAACUGGACACCAUGGCAGAUACAAUUCCGAAUUUGCAUUUAAGGCGCCACGUAAUAGGUUGCAGGUGGUAGAUUGUACUACAAUUGUGUACCACCUGCACUACAAUUGUGGUCCGUUCGGGGAUUACUAGAGUCAGUUUGUAAACAACUUGUACAUGUACAUCUGGUUCAUCUACCGUGGAUCGGAUAAACGUGCAGUUACACAUGCAAUGCACUCUCUCGCUGUGCCUAUUUCCACUUUCACUUCCUCUUCUAACUACCAGCGCCGAGGUGAUGUUCGAGCAAGCAAUGUAUGCGGGACCUAGAAAUGCGCAACAACCGAAGAUCUGCGUGUCGUUGUGCAGGGACGCAGAGCGUGGUCGCGGAGCUGUCUUACCUCUAAAGUUGACAGAAGAGGACACUAGUUUCAAAGCGCGCCUAUUUGCACCAUUGCUCAAGUCGCAUCAGCAACACGUGUGUCUCGCACACGUUUUGUCGAUGGAACUACAGCGAAAGGAAGGAGGUUCUCUGGAAGUGUCGGGAGCUGGGAAAAGUGUAUGAGAAGGAUGUUGUUACUAUUGUUCAGCAGUAUUCAUUGUAGAAAGUUAAAGUUUUUUAGCUCGUUCAAGUUGUUGGUUUUGCGGUACCCCAAUGAUAAGAAUAAGUACGCUCGUAAUCAAUGUCAAAAAUUACAAUUUCCAAGAAAUAGAACAAGUACGGUUGUGCUCAAAGAAAUCAAAUUUAUAGCAUUUCCCUAGUAAUCUUUGUCACUUCGCACUGACACCCACGGAUCACGUCCCUUUUCACUUCAUUGCCUGUCAGAAACGAGGAAGAAGACCAGUCCCUUACCGCCUCUACGGUUGUACAGCAACAACUGGAGACCUCUCAAAGGAGAGCGACGUUGCUAGAAGGCGUCGUAGAAGACCAAAAAUCGCAAUUGUCAGGACUACGACAGAACCUAGACCGCGUAUCUAAAGAGCACGAAGCACAAACUGCGGAGCUGCGGAGACAGGCUAUAGAAGCGUCACAGAGAACGCAUCUGCUGGAAGGAGAAUUGGAGGUUUGAGUUUGUCGAUUUAGUUUUACAGAGGUUCGAGUCUGGUUUAGUUCUAGAAAGUUUUCGUUGCUCUUUUUGAUCCAUGGACACUCUCAGGACAUUGUAAAACUGAAGGGUCGAAGGACUUACCUACUUAUUCACUUUCCAUAUGGUGUAACAAGUCAUUUCAAUUUCUUCACUCUUCCAGGACACCCGCAGUUCAGACCAGCAGCGACGCGAGCAGCAACGCACUACGCAAGAGGAGUUGAGUAAGACUGUGGAUAAACUGAGAAAAGAAAACGAUGAUCUCUUACGGAGAAGUAACGCGAAAAUCGAAGAUGCUAAUACAGUAAUCGUGAAUCUGCGGAACGAAAAAGACGAGUUAGCGCGAAAAUGCGACAAUCUCCUACUCGCUGAAAGAACAGCGCAGAUCGACUUCGAGCAGCAGCGUGACGGACUAAAGGCGCAGAUAGAAAGUUUGCUUAUGGUGCGGAAGGAUUACAUGACAGGAAAACCCUGCCUAAUGGAAUUCUUCGUCUCCCUCUGGCAACAUCGAUUAUGUCAGUAACCAGUGAUUGUUUGACAUCAAUAUUAAAAACAAACUGUAAAAAAAACGUAUUUCUUUCAUUUCCCGCAGUAGGGCCACUGGUCAGAGCGAGGCUGCGGCGCAACUUACUACCCUUAUGGAGGAAAGGGCUACUGCGAGACAGGAGAGGGAUGCGGCAAUCCAAGAGCGCGAUGCGGUGAUCCAAGAAAGAGAUGAGCUCAGGCAAACGAUUGUUGGCCUAGAAGCUCAGAAAAUUAUGAGGUGGACACAUGACAUGGUUGUUUUGAGUCAUAUCGAAUCGCUCAGCAGCAUCUUCUUUAAGCUAGGAGCUAGACACGGAGCGAACACACGACAUGUUCCUCAUGCUCUUACCACAUCCUAAACAUGAUCCUAAACAUCUAAUAGAUACCUCUAGAAUAGGUACAAUCAUCAUCAUCAUCAUCCACAAAUAAGGAGGUCUCGUAGACUUGGAGGUCCAUAGCUUAAGUUGAAUAAACAGAAGCCCUUCUUUUGUGUUCUCACUCUAAGAAAAAAACGCUCACGGAUAUCAUCGCUGGCCUUUAUGAUCAGGGUGCACAGGCUGGCUAUGCGGAAAACAGGCCUAGUCUUGAUGCUACGUCGACGAUGGACUGGACGUAAUGAUAAUAGAAAUCAAGAAUCAACGCACCAUGAGAUUCUUUCGAUUGGAAACACUCACUCACUUCUUCUACUUCUUCGCGCUUGCUUUUUCCCAUACCAACCAAAAAUUCUGAGAGAGAUUAUUCUUCAGAAUGCGUUGUCUCGAUU